CGCUAGCCGGUUGUCAGUCUCAAACCGGUUUAGCUGUGACAGUGACCAGUGUUUGUGCCAGUGUGUUUGUUUCAAUGGAUUGUACUAUUUUGGACAUGGAAGAUAAGCCGUACAGUGUUGACAGUUCCGACGAUAUCAAUAUAGAGGAAGAGGAAGAAGAACACAUCGAAGAAAGUCAUAGUUACCCACCAGACUUCCCGAUCGAAGCAUUAGUGAAGUUAGAGCGACCGUCGCCACCGCUUCUAACGCCUCCUCAUACACCAACCGACGAUACACCACCAGCCGUCGUUGUAUCGCGUCUUCAACCCGCCUGGUCUUCACAAUACCCCGUACAAAACAGAACCAUGCAAAAUCCGUACCCGUACGACAAACAGGUUCCUAACUACACCUACCCUGGAGUUCCUUAUGUCCAACCUCAAGUUGCCAGUCUUCCACCGUCGGCGCCCUACCAUGCAAUGUUAGUUAACCAAUGGAUCAGGAACGCUGCUUUAUACCAUCAUUCAUUGAGAUACCCGUCAAUGGCUCAGAGAAUGCCUGGGAGAAAUCCUCCGCCAAUGAGAGCUCCGGGCGUCCCCGGAACAAGACCGAAGAAACAGUUCAUUUGCAAAUACUGCAAUCGACAAUUUACUAAAUCCUAUAACCUGCUCAUCCAUGAAAGAACUCAUACAGAUGAAAGACCUUACUCAUGUGACAUAUGUGGCAAAGCCUUCAGAAGACAAGACCAUCUAAGAGACCACAGGUAUAUCCACUCUAAAGAGAAGCCAUUUAAGUGCACCGAGUGUGGGAAAGGGUUUUGCCAGUCAAGGACCCUUGCGGUGCACAAAAUCUUGCACAUGGAAGAAUCUCCGCAUAAAUGUCCAGUUUGCAACAAGAGUUUCAACCAAAGAUCGAACUUGAAGACCCAUUUAUUGACCCACAGCGAGGCGAACAAACACCAUUUAGAACAUCUAGAAGGUUGUCAAGAAGUUUCGUCUACAAGUCAAGCUGCUGAGAGUCCUCUCCUGGACCUAUCGCAUAAGCCGUCUCCAUCACUCACUCAAAACUAUCAGCAUAAACACCAAGAAUCACCCGUUGAAGUUCCGAAGAAACCGCUAGGAUUUUCAAUAGAAGAUAUUAUGAAACGCUGAAUAUAUAAUAUCUUAGUUAGUACCUAUAGGUUUAGAUCAAAACGAGUUGACCCGCUUUGUAGGACAAGUUUGAGUACGAUGCGAGCUUACAGUCAAGUUAUGAAACUCGUUUAUAGAUAAAUCUUCACCAGAUCCACAUCAGUUAUUCAACUUGAUCUUGGUUUUAUUAUUGCUGCAUCACAUUAGCAUAUAAAUUUUGGUACCUUUUCUUUAAAUUUAACCAAAGAUGUAUCUCAAUCAAAGUUUUGGUUAUCCAAGAUUUGAACUUCUUUCUGCGUUGUUAUAAAAUACUUGACAAUUAUUGAAAACCUUUAUUAGAGUCCUCUACCAUAAUUUUGCUGUAAUGCUUCCAUAUAAUUUGAAGAAUUUGACUCUAUCCUCUUUUAAGGCUAAAGACUGAAAUUGUUUUAUUAUUGUUAUGUUUCUAAAGAUUUAUUUAUUGUGAUAGUUUCUCAAAUAGGUUUAGGUUAGUUAAUGGUUAACUAAAGUUACCAAAAAGUAUUACCUUAGUAUGGAUUAAUUCAAUCCAAAACUAGUGGCUAUGAUAUCUCAAAUCAUGUUCAAAGUAAUUUAAUGUACCUUUUUAAUUUUAUGAAUAGAAUAUAGUAAUAUUAAAUAUCUUAUAGUUUCAAAUGUAAAUAUAGUUCCUUCCUUGUAAAUAUUCUAUUUAAGUUCAAAUGUACUUUUAAGUAUAUAUGAGGCUAUUGGUGAAGAAAAAAUAUAACGAAGUAAAUUCAUCCACACAUUUA